AAUAAUGCGAAUCUCAGGAGAGAAUUAGCGGCAUUUAAGAAGCAAAACGUUCUCCUCAUGCAAGAAGUUGAAUUCCUCAAAGAACAGGUGGGUAAAUAAAAAUUUUAUACUUGUUUUUAAUUCUUUUUUCGAAAGAUUUUCUUCCGGAGAAUUUCCCAGUUUAACAAUAGGGAGCUUCAGCAACGACGACGGCAACGGCAGCAAGAACGGCAAAAAAGCAAUGGACCACGCUGUUUAGAUUGGCAAAACAACAACUUUGCACGCUUAUCACCCUUUUCUUUGUACAUUUUUUUGCCGUCGUUGCACGACUACAACGUCAAAGUGCCUAAAUCCUCGUUUUCUCGAGGACAGUAACACAAGACAACAAUUUUUUUUUCUUUUCCUGAACUUUGAUACAGUCCUUUAGAAUUCAACUCCAAAGACUUUUGUCAUCAUUUGACGAGAUGGAAUAAGCGCGAUAAAGUUUGAAGCAGCGCCAAGAAAUGGUUGAUUACGGUUUUUGAAUUAUUGAUUGAAAUUGUUCUUUAUCUUUCAGAAUUACCAUCUGCGAUACUAUGGAGGAGUAGCUGGAAAAUUCCGAAGAAUGAAACGCUUUAUCGUAAAUACUUUUCAACGAUUUUCAUCAUAA